AUGGGCAUCUUCUCGAGCUCCAACCAGCUGCCUGUGGAUGGCAAGACGGUGCUCAUCACUGGCGCUUCGGAGGGUUUGGGCAGAAGUGCAGCCAUCCAGUUUUCCGCAAAGGGUGCCAACGUUAUCAUCGUGUCCCGGAGUGUGGGCAAGCUUGAGCAGGCGAUUGCGGACAUCAAGGCCGCGGCGCGAAACCCGCAGACGCAACGCUUCCACUUCAUCUCCGCCGACGUCUCCAAGCCCGAUUACGCGCAGCCGCUGCUCGAGCAGGCUGUGAAAUGGAACAAUGGAAAGGCCAUUGACAUUGUCUGGUGCACGGCCGGCAUGUCGACCCCGGGCUUUUGGGCCGAGAGCCCCAUGUCCGUCAAGCGGGCUGAGAUGGACGUCAACUUUUGGGGCAGCGCCGAGCUCGCUCACGCAACCCUCCGCCAGUGGUGCGCUCCCGACGCGCCCGUCUUGCCCGAGCCGAAGCACUUCAUUUUCACGGCCUCCGUCGUGGCGUUCUUUCCCACGCUUGGCUAUGGAAACUACACCCCGACGAAAGCAGCUAUGCGUGGCUUGGCGGACACGCUGGUGCAGGAAGUCGAGGCCUACCCGCAGAACGUCAAGGUGCACAUUGUGUACCCUGGCACGAUUCUCUCGCCGGGCUUCGAGAGGGAGGAGCUGACAAAGCCCAAGAUCACCCAGAUGAUCGAGGACGGAGACCCGCGGCUGACCCCGGAGGAGGUUGCCACCAGAGCCAUUGCGGGCCUAGAGAAGGGUCACUACAGCGUGACGGUAGGAUUCUUCCCAGGUGCUUUUUUGCGUUGGGGUGCGCAAGGUGGCCAGCCACGCAACAACUGGGUCGUGGACACCAUCAUGGGCGCCAUAGUCCCUUUCAUCUGGAUCUUUGCUCUGCCAGAUAUCUUUGGCAAGAUCAGGAAGUUUGCGAGGGACAAUGGGCAUCCUGCGAGUUACACUAAAACAGCCUGA